AUGAUGAAGAUCGCCCUACCAACUUGCGACUCCUCGACACGCCACGAGAGACCCGAAUCACGACCCAAUUCAACCUGCAUCCUGGCGGACGAAAAGACCAACCGAGGCGACCACUACGCAGUCAGCGACCUGGCAGCGCAGCAAGACGAAAAGGAAGACACGCGUCUGCAGCAGUGGGAGGACCUCGGGCACCAGUUUGAAGCCGGAGAACUAGAGCUCCUCAAGCGGAGCAUCGCACAGAUGGCGUUGAGUCGCAUCGAUGGACAGGACGAGUUGUUUGUUGGUGGGCUCUGGGCCCUGCGCCGUUCCGACUCGUUGACCGACCGUCGCAUCACGCACGUCCUGUCCCUUGUCCCGUUCAACCCGUCGGCACUCAAGAACUUCAAAGACGAACCCUGGAUCGACUACGGAAAGGACUUUCGUCACCUCGUCAUCGACAUUGACGAUGUGGAUGACGCUGACCUGCUGAUCGAGCUCCCCAAGGCUGUCAGAUUCAUCGAGGAAGGUCUGAGGGCGAGCCGACGCGAGGAUGGAGUCAAGGUGGAGGACGCAGACGAUGGGGGUGUCUCAUUAGAGAAGGGAGUCGAGCAUCUGAAUAUUGACAACAAUAAUGGCAAGAAGGAGAAGGGAGGCGUCUUUGUUCAUUGCGCCGCCGGAAAGUCGAGGUCGGUCUCUGCGGUUAUUGCUUACCUGCUCUGGCGCUAUCCGAACCGGUUCGACCCCAAUAUCACGCCUACAGCCAUCUCGGACCCGACCCACGCCAUCCCACAGCCUGAGGUGAAUCGCUCGCGAAAAGCCACGGCCCAGGAGGCGGUCCACGCCGCUCUUACCUUUGUUCGACGCACCCGCCCCAUGGCCGAGCCCAACCCUGGAUUCAUGGAUCAACUCGCCUUGUGGUGGGAGAUGGGAUGUCCCGAUGACGUCGAGGCUCACCCAGUCUACCAGCGGUGGGCUUACAAGCGUGAGGUGGAGGAGAACCUUGCAGUCGGCCAGGCACCUACGAGGCUCCGUUUCGAGGACGAGGAAGCUCAGCCUCGUGACGAAUCGGGAGUCAGUCUACGAUGUAAGAAGUGUCGUCGCACCCUGGUCACAGCCCCCUUCAUCAUCGAUCACCGUCAGCCUGACAAGAGCUCGCCUGCGACUCCCUGCCAGCACUUCUUUGUCGAGCCGCUGAGCUGGAUGCGAAGCGUGCUGGAGAAGGGCGAGCUCAACGGACGGCUGCUAUGCCCCAACGCCAAGUGCGGUGCGGGCGUGGGUCGGUACGACUGGAAGGGAUUCCGGUGCUCUUGUGGGGGAUGGGUGACACCGGCGUUCUCGCUGCAGAGGGCGAGGGUGGAUGAUGUGGUGAAGCGGCCGGUAGGGCUGGGCGCCAGCCAGAGCAUGGGUAUCCGGAUGCCGCCCGGUGCAGCAGCUACGCGAAGCGGAAACUUGUGA